AUACAAAGCAAUGUGCAAGGCCACCGUGACUGCAACUUGUGCAAGUUCGACACUUGUACACGUCUUUGAAUGCGAAAACUAUCACUUCGAGCACGGGCUUGGAUAUCUGACAUCUGUUACGCACUCCUUGUUCUCGUCACUGGUUGUUUCUUUGCCAUAUCAGGUGCCUUGUUGUUGUCACAGGCCAUCCGAACUUCACCUAUCAGGUCUUGGACAAACAACUGGGAUGCUGUGAUCAUUGCAGCAACAUACUUACUUGUGUGCAUCAUAUCCAUCGCCCUCUGUGUGAAACGGCGAGUUACGGUGCGUCGCCGAUUGCAGAGGAUUGCGAAAACGCACCAUUCGAUCGUUAGGAAGGAAGUUCCUCAGCCCGUUCAUGAGUAUAUUUCACAAGAAUUUGCGCGUUCUUGUUUGGUGUCAUAUGAAUCACAGCCAUGCAACACAGUUCAUAGUGGGUGGGGUAGACCAGGCACUAGACUCAGCGGUAUUCGUUUUCGACGCGCUCUUCUUGAUACGAUCGCGGAAAUUGACGCCCGAACGCGUCUCGUUAUACCCAGUCAUCCAGAUUUGAAGCCCCAUGCACGCAUGCUGCAUCAUUUCAGGUUUCUUCUGCCACUCCUGCCAAAGGAUGAAGAAGGCCUCUCGGAAUUACAUUACUACGAUUCAGCCAUACAACUUGCCCGAACGGUGGAUAGGGAACCGACGGAAGAAGAAUACCAGCGGGGAAUGGAUGCUGUUGCUUCCAUUCUACAGAUGUUGCGGGAGUGCAGGUCCGAGAUGCUGGAAGACUCCAGGAUAUAAAUGAAUAGCGUGAUGUCAUGAAGGCCACGUCCUAGAUGACAUCUAGAGUCGAUCCACAUCCGCGAACUCCCUUUUCAUAACAUCUGCCAUAUCUAAAUAGCAUGCACGCAAGUACUUCCAAGUCUAUCCACCUGCCACCCGAUUUAUCCAAACGGUAAUAAACCUUCGCAGGGUAGUCGCCAUCAACGAGAGAACAUCCCUGAAUGGUGCAGGCAGGCCACAGUAGUAAUAUAUCCUCGAUAUCAUCUCAUGUAUCACUGAUUUUUUGAAGGCUUGGUAUGGUCUCCUAGGUGAGAAAUGACAUAGCGAGCUUUACCA